AUGGCGUCUCGAGCAGCGCCGCGAGAAACUUCUACUACAAAAAGGCUGCUGGGCACCGACAUAGAAAACUACGAUAUCGAAGACCCCUUCGCCGACUCUGGUGACGAAGCGCCGAAAAAUGCGGGACCGCCGGCGAAGAGACCUAAGAAUACGACGAGUCUGGGUAUUGAUGAGGCGGUAGAUGUGAACAAGAAACCUAGAGCACCGCUUGUGAAGUUGGACGAGACUAGAUUACUGUCAGAGAAGGGCAUACCACGACUACGACGAAAGGCGCGCGAUUUAAGAUUCAAGGGCAAAGGACACGAAUUCUCCGACGCGGCGCGGCUCCUCUCCUUCUACCAGCUGUGGUUCGACGACCUGUUUCCGAAGGCCAGCUUCCUCGACGCCGCGAGCAUGGCCGAGAAGGUGGGGCACAAGAAGUACAUGCAGACGAUGCGCCGGGAGUGGAUCGGCGAGGGCAAGCCGAAGCCGCUCGCCGACGAGUUCGCGGAGAUCUUCGGCGACGUGCCGCCCGAGGGCGACGGCCAGGGCCAGGCGGAGCGCGCGCCCGCGCUGUUCCCCGCCCGCAUCGCGCCCAUGUUCCAGAACCAGGGCCGGGGCGCGCCGCGCACGCCGCCCCCGCAGCCGACAGACGACGACGCCGGCGUCCCGGGUGACGAUGCCGAAGACCUGUACGACGCGACGCCGCGGGCCCGCGGCCCGCCGGCGGCGAAGAGCGGGAACGGCGCCUCGCUGUUUGGGAGCGGCGCCGCCGGAGGAGGAGUGCCGGACGACGACGAAGACGACCUCGACGCGUUGAUGGCCGAGGAGGAAGCGCUGCGUGCGCGGCCAAACCCGAACCAGAACUCGAAGUCCCUGUUCGGCGACGGCGACCGCGGAGGGCCGCAGGAGGAGGAUGAUCUGGACGCGCUGAUGGCGGAGGCGGAGCGAGAUAUGCAGAUCGAGCCGGCGGGCCGCGGGUCCGAUGUGGUGGCCAAACCGGCGUCGACUGCUGCGGCUGGUGGUGGUGAUGGGGGCGACGACCUAGAUGCCCUGAUGGCGGAAGUGGAGGCCGAGCCACAGGAUCAGGGGAAGGCGGCUCGAGAUAGCGUGAGUUCGGGGCCGCCAAAGGAUCCCCAUGAUGUGGUGGAUGCGGACGCUGAGGAGGCUAUGGCGGAGAUGGAGGGUUUGUGGUGAGAAGCGGUUCUGGGAACCGAGGUGGAAGAGGAGCGUAAUCCUGCUGCGAAUGAGAAUGAAUGUAAUGUCUAUGUGCAUGCUGAGGGCAUUGCAGAAGAAUUUGGGCCUUGGUGCAUUUCCUGGUAGACGCCUUGAAAAUGGGCCGCUGGCGAGUUGUGGCGAUAAGGCGAUACUCAGGUUGCGUUGAAUCAGUGGCAUGCCUGACAGGUUUGGGUAUGAAUACUGGCUCUCCCCCUAUUGCGUACGAAAUGAAGCGAUUCAAUACCAUACUACACUGAAUGUUUACCUACCUAUCUAGGUAGGUAUUAUCUAGCACAUACACACUCUGCAGCAUUUAGCAUGGGGGAAAAGGGACAGAGAACAGGAGACCCUGGAUGAAUACCUCUACAUAAUAAAACGGGCUACAUUCUCUCUUAUGUAAACAACAGAUCUGUAUGCAUGUACUGGG